UCUCUCUCUCUGUGGCUCUCCCGCUCUGGCCGGGGCUCGAACACUCGCCAUGGACCAAUCAGUCAAUGUCACGGCCACGUCUUCCAGCCGUGGGGUGGUCAUCCAGGUCCGGGAGAAGAAGAGUUGCCUGAGAGCGGCCAUCCCCUACAUGCCUUUCCCUCUGGCUGUAUUCUGCCUCUUCCUCAACACCUUCAUCCCAGGAUUGGGAACCUUUGUGUCUGCCUUCAUGGUGCUGUGUGGAGCGAGGACCGAUCUGCCAAACCGUCACAUGUGCUGUGUCUUUCUUCUUAACGUGGCUGCUGCCCUCAUUCAGAUCCUCACGGCGGUGGUGAUGGUGGGCUGGAUCAUGAGUAUAUUCUGGGGAAUGGACAUGGUCAUCCUAGCCAGCUACAAAGAGCAGGGGAUUCCUCACCAAGUGUAAUCCCGUCCGUGGAAGGAUCAAUCGUUGUCCUGCCAUUUCCCACCCGCAGCUGUGGCCCAAGGGCGUUCACUGGGCCUUCAGGAUGUCAGUAGGCCCGAAUGUCAGGCCGACUUUGAUUCUUUUUUAAUUUGUUUCAGUCAACUGUUUAUAACUACGCU